AUGUCUCGACUCUUUACGCCCAUCCAGGUCGGCCAAUGCCAGUUGCAACAUCGCGUUGCGAUGGCACCGAUGACACGCCGUCGCGCACAAGAUGGCUUUAUUCCUACGGACUUGCUAGUCGACUUCUAUGCUCAAAGAGCUUCAACCCCAGGGACACUUUUGAUCACCGAAGCUUGCGCUGUAUGUGUUCGUGCCGCUGUCUGGCCCAACACUCCUGGAAUAUACACGCAUGAACAGAUUGAGAAAUGGAAACCUGUGACCAAAGCAGUGCACGACAAAGGGUCAUAUAUUUUCAUGCAACUAUGGAUGACGGGGCGUGCUGCCAGACCUUUAGCAGUUCUUCGAGGGGCAGAGGUGGUUUCGAGCAGUGACAUUCCAUGGAGCGAGGAUGAUGCGGUUCCCCGACCUCUGCGCGAAGAGGAGAUCCUGCAGUUCAUCCAGGAUUUCCGUCAAGCCGGUAUCAAUGCCAUUGAAGCAGGAUUCGACGGCGUCGAGAUACACGGCGCAAACGGCUAUUUGGUGGACCAAUUCACCCAGGACGUAUGUAAUAAGAGAACAGACGCCUGGGGGGGAACCAUUGAAAACAGAGCCAGGUUCGGCAUCGAAGUGGCUAAAGCCCUGGCAGAUGCCAUCGGGGCUGACAGGGUCGGAUUUCGCAUCAGCCCCUGGAAUAGACAUCACGGAAUGAGAAUGGACGACCCGAUACCUCAGUUCACGUAUCUCUUGCAAGAACUGCGCAAACUCAAAUUAGCCUACCUGCACAUCAUCGAAGCAAGGGUGGCAGGCUUGUUCGACACAAAUCAGACAGAUUCUAUUGACUUGUUUGUGGAUGCAUGGAACAACACCAGUCCGGUCAUCAUUGCAGGCGGUUACACUCCGGACAGUGCAAAACAAACCGUUGAUGGCAAAUAUGUGGAUAAAGAUGUGUUGAUUGCUUUUGGCCGACCUUUCAUCUCGAACCCGGAUCUCCCUUUUCGGAUCAAGAAAGGUAUUCCACUUACCAAGUACAUCCGGGAACUAUUCUACGAGGUAUUACAGCCGGAGGGAUACACGGACUAUAAGUUCAGCAAGGAGUUUCAGGAGGGAGUAGCUGUAUGA